AUGGCGACGCCGUCGCAGAUGCUCACAAAGUUCGAGUCCAAGUCGUCUCGUGCGAAGGGCAUUGCCUUUCACCCCAAGAGACCAUGGAUCUUGGUGUCCCUCCACUCGUCUACCAUCCAGCUGUGGGACUACCGCAUGGGCACGCUCAUUGACCGCUUCGAAGAGCACGAUGGCCCUGUCCGCGCCGUCGCUUUCCACAAGACGCAGCCCCUCUUCGCAUCGGGUGGCGACGACUACAAGAUCAAGGUCUGGUCGUACCAGACAAGACGGUGCCUGUUCACCCUCAACGGCCAUCUCGACUACGUCCGCACCGUCUUCUUCCACGAUGAGCUUCCUUGGAUUGUUUCGUGCUCCGAUGACCAGACCAUCCGGAUAUGGAACUGGCAGAACCGCUCGCUGAUUUGCACCAUGACGGGCCAUAACCACUACGUCAUGUGCGCCCAGUUCCACCCAAAGGAGGACCUCGUCGUAUCCGCGUCGCUCGACCAGUCUGUUCGUGUCUGGGACAUAUCGGGUCUCCGCAAGAAACACUCCGCCCCGACCUCCAUGUCGUUUGAGGACCAGAUGGCCCGCGCCAACCAGAACCAGGCCGACAUGUUUGGCAACACCGAUGCCGUUGUCAAGUUCGUCCUUGAGGGCCACGACCGUGGUGUCAACUGGGUCGCCUUCCACCCUACUAUGCCGCUCAUUGUGUCGGCCGGCGAUGACCGCCUCGUGAAGCUUUGGCGUAUGAGCGAGACCAAGGCUUGGGAGGUGGACACGUGUCGCGGCCAUUUCCAGAACGCGUCGGGCUGUCUGUUCCACCCACACCAGGACCUCAUCCUGUCUGCCGGUGAGGACAAGACCAUCCGUGUCUGGGACCUUAAUAAGAGAACAGCUGUCCAGACGUUCAAGAGAGAGAAUGACCGCUUCUGGGUCAUUGCCGCCCACCCCGAGAUCAACCUCUUCGCCGCCGGCCAUGACAACGGUGUCAUGGUCUUCAAGCUCGAGCGCGAGCGUCCUGCCUCCGCUGUCUACCUCAACAACCUCUUUUAUAUCAACAAGGAGAAGCAGGUGCGGUCCUAUGACUUCCAGAAGAACCUCGAAUCCCCCACUCUUCUGUCCCUUAAGAAGGUCGGCCCCGCCUGGGUGCCACCGCGGACUCUUUCCUAUAACCCCGCCGAGCGCUCGAUUCUCGUGACGUCGGCUGCCGACGGCGGCUCGUACGACCUGAUCAACCUCCCCAAAGACGGUUCGGGCGCCGUGGAGCCCACUGAGCUGAAGCGCGGCUCCGGUAACUCGGCCAUCUUUGUGGCUCGCAACCGCUUCGCUGUCCUGAAUACAGCUACACAGACCAUCGACAUCAAGGACCUCACCAACAAUGUCACGCGCUCUUUCAAGCCCCCGGCUGGCACCACCGACAUCUACUUUGGCGGCCCCGGCAACCUGCUCAUCAUCACGCCGACUGCCGUUCACCUAUACGACAUCCAGCACAAGAAGACCAUCGCCAGCUUGAACGUGAAUGGUGUGAAGUACGUUUCUUGGUCCAACGACAGUUUGUACGCUGCGCUCCUGAGCAAGCACAACGUGACGAUUGUUACCAAGACGCUGGAGCAGGUCAGCACGUUGCAUGAGACGAUUCGUAUCAAGAGCGCCACCUGGGACGAUGCCGGCAUCCUUCUGUACUCGACUCUCAACCAUAUCAAAUAUACGCUGCUGAAUGGCGACAACGGAAUCGUGCGCACUCUCGACCAGACGGUGUAUCUGGUUCGCGUCAAGGGCCGCAACGUCUACUGCCUCGAUCGCUCCGCGAAGCCCAAGAUCCUGCAGAUCGACCCCACCGAGUACCGCUUCAAGAUGGCUCUGGUCAAGCGCAACUACGAAGAGAUGCUUCACAUUAUCCAGACAUCGUCACUUGUUGGCCAGUCCAUCAUUUCAUACCUCCAGAAGAAGGGAUACCCAGAGAUCGCGCUACAGUUCGUCCAGGACCCGACGACGCGAUUCGAGCUAGCCAUAGAGUGUGGCAACCUCGAUGUUGCCGUUGAAAUGGCCAAGGAGCUGGACAAGCCCAAGCUAUGGUCGAGACUGAGCAACGAGGCUCUGGCUCACGGCAACAACCAGGUUGUGGAGAUGUGCUACCAGAAGCUGAAGCAGCUGGACAAGCUGUCCUUCUUGUAUUUGUCGACGGGCGACAAGACAAAGCUGGCCCGCAUGGCUAAGAUUGCCGAGCACCGUGGUGACUUUACGUCGCGGUUCCAAAACGCCCUGUAUCUCGGCGACGUCGAGGACCGGAUACAGAUGUUCAAGGAGAUCGAUCUUUACUCUCUUGCAUUCAUGACUGCCAAGGCCCAUGGCCUGGAAGAGGAAUGCCAGUCGAUUCUAGAGGCAACUGGAAUCACAGAGGACCAGCUCACGCUCCCGGACCACCUUGGCGGCUCUUUGACGCCACCAAAGCCGGUCGUCCCGACCUACCAGGCCAACUGGCCGUCCAAGGGCACCUCUGUGUCCUUCUUCGAGAAGGCACUCCUUGGCCAAGUUGAGGGCUUGUCGCUCGAGGACGAGCCAUCAGCGGCUGCCAAUGGUGCCGAUGCCUUUGGCGAGGAGGAAGCUGACGGAGGUGAUGGCACGAAGAAUGGCAACCUGUUGGACGUGGACGAUGAUGAGGAUGUUGCUGGUUGGGACAUGGGUGAUGAUAUUGUCGCUGACCAUGAUAACGACUUUGUCAACGUCGAAAGCGCAGACGCUGGCGGUGCUGGCAGCAGCGAGGCGGAUCUCUGGGCCCGCAAUUCGCCGCUGGCUGUCGACCAUGUUGCCGGUGGCUCCUUUGAGACCGCCAUGCAGCUUCUUAACCGCCAGGUGGGUGCUGUCAACUUCGCACCACUGAAGCCGCGCUUCCUGGAGGUUUACCAGGCGUCGAAGACGUACCUGCCUGCGUCUGCCGGCCUGCCGUCUCUGGUCAACUACGUUCGCCGCAAUGUGAAUGAGUCUGAUCCAAGGAAGGUGCUGCCCAUCAUCCCGCGCGACCUGGAGUUCUUGGUUGAGAAUGACCUGCAGCGCGGCUACGACGCGAUGAAGAGCAACAAGCUGGAGGAUGGCAUCAAGACGUUCAAGAGCAUCCUGCACUCGGUCCUGAUCAACGCGGUGUCCAGUGAGUCUGAGGUUGACGAGGCCAAGAAGCUGAUCACCUCUGCGAGCGAGUAUGCUGUGGCGAUGAGCAUUGAGCUGGCACGGAGAAACUUGGGCGCGAACGAUGUUGUCGCCAAGGACCCCAAGCUGCUGAAGCAGAGUCUGGAGCUGUCCGCGUACUUUACCAUCCCCAAGAUUGAGGUCCCCCAUCGGCAGCUCGCCCUGCUCAAUGCCAUGAACCUGGCGGCACGCAACAAGAACUACAACUCGGCCCUUAGCUUCGCUAACCGGAUACUGGCGAACGGAGGUUCUGGUCGUAUCUUGGAGACGGCGAAAAAGACUAAAGCGCAGUGCGAGCGCAACCCGAAUGACGCGAUCGACAUUGAGUUUGACCAGUUUGCCGAGUUUGACGUGUGCGCGGCCAGCUUCACGCCCAUCUACAGCGGCACGGCGUUCGAGGAGUGCGCCUUUGAUGGCUCCAAGUACCAUUCCAAGUACAAGGGCUCGGUCUGCCGCAUCUGCGGCGUCUGUGAGAUUGGCAAGCACGGCAGCGGCCUGAAGCUGUUUGCCUAA